AGUUGUAAAGGGUUAAAUAAUAUCUAAGUGGUAAAGGGUUAAAUAGUAUCUAAGUGGUAAAGGGUUAAACCUACUGAUUGAUUGUGAAGGUUGGAGACAGAUUUCUUUAUUUUGAUGACCAAGAAGAAAUUCAUUCAAGCCAUGAUAAAUCAGAAUUUAAAUGAAAAUUAACAGCCCUAUCCCUGAUCUAGUCAUUUGUAAUUUUCAAUUGGUCCAGCUAAUAUGCUAUGGUUGAAAAAAAUAAAUGAUUAGUUAUAAUACACAGGGUAUUGUGGGUUCUCCCCUAUUUGGUGGGCCAUCUGGUAAAAUUCUUGUCCUAAGCAUACCUUUUUACAACAUAGAGACAUGUUCAAGUGGUAAGCAUGUCGAAUUUGAGUAUAAGAAAAAGGAACUAUAUCUCAAGUUCCAAGUGUCUGAGUCACAAUCCCAGGUCAGAUAAUUGAAAUCAAUCUCAACCAUGUGUCUUGAAAUAGCUUUGUCAUGCAUUGAUGGAUUUUCAAAUGACUUGUUAGAAUUUAUCACAACUGUGAGACAGAUGAGGUAGGUCUGCCAUGAAGGUCACAAUUCAAGUAGAAAGGUCGAAGGUCAAAUUUCAAGAAGACAGGUUGAAGCUCACAAUUCAAGUAGAAAGGUCAAUUAUAAGAAAUAGAAUGGACAAAUUUUGAUAUUAUUUGGCAGAACUGAUAAAGAUGUUGUGAUAAAAUGUUUUGGGUGAUGCAUAUUCGAUGGUCAGAAUGCAAGUUCAAAUAUGUCAAAUAAAUCUUAUUCACAGUGGUCACAGGAAAAGUUUAUCAAUUGUCCCAUCUUAAUGCGUAAUUGAUAGGUGUAAAGUAAUAUCAAAUGUGGCCUUUUUAUUGUUUAAUAUGUUUCUGGCUUCAAGUUUUGUUUUAAGAAUUAUUGUUUUCAUUGGACAAAUUUCAGUAUUUGUGUAAUAGAAUACUCAUAGCAUAGAAAGCAGGGAAUGUCUUUUGGACUCGACCAUGCUGCAUUGGUGAUUGGAGUGUUGGUCAUCAUGCCAGUGGAGGCUUAUGUGACAUCUACAGGCACAAGCUAUGAUGACUGCACAUCGUUUACUGGCAUUGGAGCUGACAUUGGCGGCCAGGAUCCUAGCAACACGGCACAUUAUGAUCAACCGCCAGAUCAGAAUACAGCAUAUUCCUUCUUAGCGGAGACACCAAAUUAUAUGUUCAAGUGUUGUGGGUUGAUAACCAGCUGGAAAUUGAUGGGUGAUCUUUCGGGCACUAUUCAGCUGCACGUGUGGAGACGAACAAGCAACACUGAGUACAAACUCAUUGGAGAAAAUUACUGUAAUUAUGCGACUCCUGGAACUAUGAAAACCUGCACCAUUCAUGCUGAUGACCAGAUUCUGGUACAAAAAGGUGACUUCAUAGGAUGGCAUCAUCAAGGCUAUGAGUCAAUUAGAUAUGCAACAAGACAUUUUAAUGACACAACCCUACAGAACAUGUUUAAGCGUAUAAACAUUGGGGAUGUGUAUCCAGGAGAUGUAAUAGACUGGAGUGAGACAGAUGCCUACCACGACAGAGAGUACGCCAUCCUAGCACACUAUAUACCAUCUGACGCCCCAGAUGUUCAUGCCACAUCUAUUGUGGUACCAGACUACCUGGCUAGUGGGACCACCAUUGGGCGAAUAUCCUUCUCUGACCCAAACUACAUGGACAACCGUACUUUGACGGUAGUGGCAACUCAAACCUCCCCAUUCUACCAGACCGACCUGCCCAGCUCCGUAACUGGCUCUGGAUCAGGCUAUGUAACCGCCAUCAACCAGUUCGAGGCGCGGGAUGGCAAUCUCAAAUACUAUGCCUAUGAUUUAUGCUACAAGACGUCUACUACACCAGUGAGCCACUCAAUCACAGUUACUAGCACUACAUUGAAGAUAGACAACCUUGAUGCCACAUACAUACUAAAUGAGACGCACACAGGCCAGAAGCUCCUGCACACUAUCAGGUGUACCGACCCAGUGGACCAGUUCUACUGCGAAUCUGAUACCUGGGGGAUCAAGUGGCCUUUCAUGCUGUUGGCUUUAUCAACCACAUCCUAUGGAGUCUACGUGAAUGAGUAUCCCGGGUUUGAAUACACGACUAAGGAUCAAUAUACCCUCAAAGUCAAGUGCAAGCCCAUUGACUCAACCAAGAGUGGGGAAGAACAGAGUGGUCAAAUCCUGGUCAGACUCAGGGAGAACCAGGGACCAUCCAUAGACAACCUUGACGGUCACGCCAUAGUGGACGGUACCACUGCCCAAAAAGGUGACAUUGUGUAUAAUGUGAUUGCCUCUGACCCCGAGAAUGACAUCAUAACAUUUAGCCCCGCGCAACCCUGUGAUCCAACUGGAACAUUCUACAUGACCAAAAAUGGCAAUGUGGUACUUGGCAAGUUCCUCACCAUCUCCACAACGUUCCGGUUUAACUGUUCCAUCACGGCAACAGACACGGAGGGCAACACUGACACAAAGAGUCUGCAUAUUUCCAUUGCCAAUGUGAAUGGUGCGGUGACCAUUGCCAACCCAGUGCCUGGGUUUGAGCUCCUAGAAGGCAUGCCUUUAGGGACGUUGCUAUGGACGUUUCAGUACCGGGAUGUGGACUCUGACAAGAAGACAUGGUCUAUCUCGUACAGUGACCCGGAGGCCAGCAGAUACUUCAGCCUUGACCCUGACGCUGGAAAACUUUGGCUUGCACAUUCUCUGAUGAACUUUGAGACCAUUUCACCAUCCUCGUUAACCACAUACACCCUGACGGUAACAGUGGGAGACGUGAAGAGCACGGCAACCACCACCCUAACUAUCACCCCCCUCAAUGCCAAUGAGCCUCCCUGGUUCAAAGAGGACUAUUACGCAGUGGAAAUACUUGAGACGGAUUUGAUUGUUGUUCUUGGCAGCUUCUUUUCUACAAAAUUUGUUGAUGAAGACAAGUCCUCCACUCUCAACACAUAUGAAGUACAUGAAUAUUACCUGGACUGUGAUUCAGCCACUAACACCCAGCGCUUCAAAAUCGACACUACGUCUGGAGGUAUAGUUUGUGAUGGGCCCUAUGACCUUGAUGUUGCUGGCACACCAGAUGAAGUCACAUGCACCGUAACGGUCAAGGACAAAUAUGGUCUCUCAGAUUCCACCCUACUGUACAUUCAUGUCAACAAUGUGAACGAGUACGCGCCAAAAUUUACCCAGUCCAACUACUCGUUUUAUCUGGCGACAAAUUCCCUGGUGGGGACAUACCUUGACACAGUGUCUGCAGUGGAUUUCGACAGCAGUGAUGAUGACGACAAUCGAAUAAUGUUCUCCAUAGAGCAGUCAACGGUGUUAGCUGUGAAUCAUGAUGGUUCCGUGUACCUCAUAUCCUCUCUGGCAAGCCAAAGUAUGGGCGGAGUUUUAGGGCCCGCCUAUAUCGUUGCUAAGGACAAGAAUGGCGGGCCUACGGCUCGCAAUAGUUCUACUGAGAUCUGGAUUUACAUAUCGGGAUCAACAACAACGUCCACCACAACUACCGACAGGAAUCUGGACUUUGGGGAGGACAAGUACAACUCCUUCUGGUUGAUACCUUUGGGGGCCGGCAUGGUUAUGAUAUUGAUUGCUGUGUCUCUUGUGUGCGCCCGCAUCUGUCACCUCUCACGUAUAGGGCCCACAUGUUACGCUUUCUGCAUGCGAGGACCCUGCUGUCAACCAAAACCACCCAAGCCUCGAGGGUUUGGUGACAAGGGUUAUGACCUCGCCAGUUUUGGUCACCGGCACGUGUAUGGAGAUGAAGACGGGGCCAUUGAUGGCUGGGAACCAAGGAAAAAAACAGUAGGCAACAAGAGGUCAAAGGUGGGCAUGAUGUCAGACCCAAUGGCUCAUCUCCAUGACAACCAGGAGGGACUGCCACCACGGAAACCCAACAGUGAGAUGUUCCGGGUCAACAAGGGCUACCUUGACCCUUACAGUAACACCCGCAACCCCAAGAGUACGAUGGUGAAAGGCUCCAAGCCGUUGAUAUAGGUCAUGUUGAACACAAAGUGGAGCAGGAUAGGUUGAACACAAAGUGGAGCAGACAUUGUAAAGUUAGACAAAGUGGUGUGGAACAUUUUGUUUGCUUGCAGGCACUUGUAUGCAUGUCCUAUUAUUAACUGUUUACCACUUUACAGAUACAUAUUUUUACGUAUUUGUAGUUCCUUAGAAAGGUAAAUUUAAUAAAGCCCUUUCUAACUAGAUUCAAUUUUAAAGGCUUCUUUUCCAAACCUGAGAUACUGUACUGAUGAGCAGCAAACAGUAUAAAACAUGAACAGGCUGCAGUGAGUCACUCGCAGGCUGUUCUGGUUUUAUGCUGUUUGCACAAAGCCAUUUUCACUUUGCUUCUGAGUGGGAAAGGGUUUACUCAUGUGAUUACUUGUAUACAUUAUAACAAUUGACAUUUUCUGCUUAUUAUGUGAGUAACUUUUAUGUGAAGCAUUCAAAUUUAUGUUCAAACCAUUAGGUUACUUUAUGUCAUUUCUGCAGCAAAAUAUGGCAAACAAUGGGAAUAGUUCAAUUUGUUUAUUGUAAUUUACACAAAUUUAAUUGCAAACGAAGUAAUAAUGUUUUUUGUCUGAUUCAUUACUUAACCUGUUCAAUUGUUAAACAGCUACAUUGUGAUUGUUUUUGUCAUUAUAUCAUCAUCAUCAUCAUGAUUAUAAUCAUGAUCACCACAUAUGCUUCUUGCCCAGAUAAUCAUAAAUAUAUCAUUGUUAGAAUUUAUUGGUUUGUCUAUGAAUGUUAAAACAAAAGCAUAUGUGUUAUGUUCACUGUUAAAGACCCCUGUUUAUUGCAGUUUAUAAAAAAUGUUCUCAAUAUAAAAUGUGUUGUUUGAUUGCAAUAUUCAUUUUUUAAGUUUUAUUUUGUAUCAUUGAGUUGAAUAAUUUCUUGAUGUUAUUUAUUUAUGUGAUUUAUUUGAAUGAAUGUGAACUGUGACACUGUUUUGCACAUUAACACAGUUUUAACGUCUGUUUUUGUGAUGGCAUAUUUGCUGCUCAUAGUAUUAUGUGUGUUUGAUUUUUGCACAAAAUAAAUAUUUUCAAGUUUUA